GUUCAUGUUGUGUCGUCGAUGAUCCUGACGAUCUGGAUAAGUGGGCACGAAAUGACCGGUGCUGGACGGAAUCUCAAAACGGUGGAUUGCGUCUGAAGUUUGAGUGCUCCCACAAGCCCGCUCAGGCUCCAUCAAAGCCUUUCAAGCCUCUGAAGCCACUGGUACGGAAAUUGACUUGGUGGUGGGCAAUGAUACGGGAUUUCCUGGACCGGACCGGGUUAAUCGUUCAGCAACAACCAUCCAUGCUAAACCAACUUCCGCUCACAUGUCUCCUUCCGGUAGUCCUCAUCAUCUUGGGCAGAACACUUUGGAUACUGCACAAGCAUCUCAAGGCGAUCAAGAGCCAGGAUGAUCCUAUCCCUUUACCGUCGGAUCUAUAUCUGCUCAUCGGUGUACUAGUCAAGGCAAGUCUGACUUCAUUCCCACCCAGCUUUUGGUUGCUAACAAGUCUAUCUACGAAUGCGUUGACCGCGAUCUCCGUGCCGUGUGUCCUUUUCUUCCCCGAAAUCAUAUACACACAUCGUCUGCUCCAGCUCCAGGAGCUUCAAGUGCAGGGGCAAGCUCAGCGAAUGGUACACCCACGUCUACAGACCAAAACCUGGAAGAACACAACGCAACCCCUCCCCUCAUCAUCAUCCACACCGCAUGGAUGUCCGGCCGCAGUACAUUGGUAUGCCUGUCUUUUGCAACCGCUGCUUUGGAAUUUUGGGAUCUCUUCCUCGGUACGCUGCAAGUGAGCGCGAGUAACUAUGGAAGCACGACGUGGCAGGCGGACCUUGCGGGGUUGCUGAUUGUGAUGCUGAUGGAGAUGGUGACGGUUGUAGGAUUGGUUGCGGUUUUGUGGAUGGGAAUAAGUAGAAAACGGAAAGGGAAGCGAAACCUGCGAAUGAAGCCGGCGACGAAUCUGCAGAGGAUGGUUUUGACGAUUUGGGUUGAUAGGAUGAACAUGUUACGAUCCAAUAAGGGAUCACUUAUGUAAGCAGCUAGAUAGACCAAUCAGGAGCGCGCCGCAGAGCCGCAACCGUA